AUGGCAUUUACCCUAUACUCCCUCAUUCAAGCAGCGAUUCUCGUCAAUGCUGUCGCUGUACUACACGAAGAAAUAUUUCUAAGUAAAAUUGGCUGGGGAGUGGACCAAAGUGUCGGAGGAUUUGGCGAUGAACCAGGCAUCAAAGUGCAGCUAAUGAACCUUAUCCGCUCUGUCAGGACCGUGAUGAGAGUGCCUCUGAUCGCUGUGAAUUCAGUCUGCAUCGUGCUGCUGCUUCUCUUUGGAUGAAUAAGUUUGAGAGUGGGGACCGGACAACCAGUCAAACAUCUCCAUCGCUCUAGGACCCACUGAAGAAACUGUCUGUGACACACACACACACUGUCCUCUUCAACCCGGACAUGAAUGUUGUCUGUAUAUUUCUACACAGAGUUUUUUUUGUUAAGGUCUCUUCGCAGCCAAUAAAAAUGACUAAUGCUCUUCGUUUUGAAUAAAACAAUGAAAUGCUAUAUAGUUUUGCACUUUUUCAAAAAUCUGAUAAGAAUAAAUAUUAUUACACUGAACUAAUUGAUAAUUGGUCAGAAGGGCCGACUGUAAACAGCUGUAACUUAUACUCUAGAACAUGUCAGAUAAUGUAACGAAUAUGUGAUGAUGUAGAAAUGCUCGACAAUAAAUACUUUUUUAAACCUUCA